UAGAUAAUGAUUUAUAUUGAUAGGCACGUAAAAAGGCGAAAACACGGAUUGGCUCCAAAUCACGUACGCUGACAAAGAACAACACCAAGAAUACACACAAAAAACUGGUUCGUAAAGUACGACUGAUAAAAUGGAAAUGCCCCAUAUACUAGGUGUCAUUUAUAUGACUGUUAUUUCGUUUGGCGGGAGCAUAUUCAAUGGAAUGGUAAUCAUUGUCCUGGUCAAAAACAUCUCUACCAUCACGGUUCCCAAUGUAUUCAUCCUCAGUAUUUGUACAAGUGGCUUCCUCGCCUGUUCCAUGGCAAUACCGCUGGCCAUUUGGUCCGUGACGGUGGGAAAAUGGAACGAUGUGAGCUGUCAAACACAUGCCUUUUUUAUCUAUCUGUUCGGGAUGGUGUCGAUGGUGCACAUGGGAGCUAUAGCAAUGGAGAAGUACCUGACAAUCGUCAAGUACACAAAUACUGCUGGACACUUUCUAAGCCUCAAGCAGUCAGUGAUAGUUGUCGUGAUUUUGUGGGUCUACUCAAUCUUUCUUAGUACGCUACCGUUAGUCGGUUGGGCAAGGUACGGACCUGAGGCUGCUAACGUCACCUGUUCCUUGAAAUGGGAUCAAAGAAGCGCUUCUGACUUGGCCUACUUUGUCAUCAUGUUCCUGGGGUGUUUUCUUCUGCCAGUUGGGGUCAUGUCAUUCAGUUACUAUCGCAUAUUCAAAGUCAGGCGAAAGGUUUCCGUAUCGAGGUCCAACUGUAUCUUAAAUCUGUCAGACCACGCCAAGGCGGAACUAAAAAAAGAAAUCAACACGGCAAUUCAACUACUUAUUCUUAUCUUUGGGUAUCUCUUAGCCUGGACGCCGUAUUCCAUUGUCGUGAUAUUAAUCAUCUCUGGUGCGCCACAGACCGCGUCUGUCUGGUUGCUUAUGUCCAGCUUGUUUGCCAAGGCUUCCUUCAUGUAUAAUCCGGUCCUAUAUGCCUUUAUCUCCAGGCAGUUUCGCAGGAAAUUCGUCAGAACAUUCUGCUGUGGCAUAUCGAUUAAUCGAGUCGGUUCAGGAUGAUUUAGUUCGGGAGAGAUCAGAAAACAGAGUAGAAACUGAUUAAACUUGUAGAAAAAAACACAACUGACUAAUGCUAUUCAGAAAACGCAUUAACGACGAUCCACCAAUGCAGCAUUCAGAAGCAAACUUCUCAAGUAAAAAUUAAAAAAUACAAUAUUAUUAUAAGCGCCUGAUCUUCUUCAAAGCUGCGGGGGAAAAACGGACCAGCCUGUUACCAUGGUGAUGAUAACAUCCUGAAUGCAUCGCGGAUGUAUUACCCACAGGUAGCCCAAACGUAAAAGUCUAACGCGUCUAAUCGUCGAGCCACUAGAAAAAGGGAAAAAAAGUACUUUGACUUUGUUUGAAAAAACAGUUAUGCUGUCAACGUAUUGAAAAUUAUAGUUUAUUUGGGAUUGUUAAAUGUUUGCCUGUUACACUGUAUACAUGCAACAUUUUUGAUCACUUUUAACUAAGCGAAUCUUGUGCGUGCUUCAUAGAAGCCUUUCGUUCAUUCGGGAUGUCGACUGACCUCAAAAAUAUUACACCGCUCUUUGCCAACCAAAAUAACGGUAGCUGCAGUACUGUAGCGGCUUGAGUAAAUCACUACACCGGAAAGCCAGCCCAUUUGGUGAAGCUAUAAAGCAGUUAUAGUUUAAAUAUAGCUAUUUCAAAAAAGUGUUGCAUUGAAUGUUGGAUCUACUGAUACUGAAAAACAGUUGAAGUGAUUAAACUAAAGCUACGUCCACACUAUGCCGGAUGAAUUUGAAUCCCAAUUUUUAUUUAUUCGUUUAGGCCUACCGUCCACACUA